UUCUAUUGGAUUGAACAGGCGGUGGGAAUUGCCCCGCUUCCCUGCGACUUUACGAAGCUCACUGCACCCAACCUGUUCUCACGAUUCCCUUACCCUGUUUCCUGCACUGUUGUUGCUGAUCGGAAUAUCUGUGCUUGUGUCAGAACUAUGUUAUCGCCGUUCGUUGUCCUUAUCAUUGGUCGGCGAAUCUUUGCCUUCAUCGUGUGUUUUCUUCCCUGCUCACCGUUUCUGAUCUCUGCGUGUACCCUUCCCUGCUCGUCGUUUUCUUCCCUAAUAGGUGAAAAGUUGCCAUUGUUGGUUCAAGUGAGUUUGAGCAAGUUAUUGUUUCUUCCCAAGCAUCGCUUCCACAUUCAUCUCAAACCUCCAAGGUCAAACCAGAGCCUCAAGAAAUUCCUAGAUUCCAAUCACCCGGCCAAGGUUCUCCUGCUCUUUAGGUACUUAUUCAGAGAAAGAGCCUCUUCCAUUGAUAGCUUCUCCUUCUUAUUUGUCCUCAAAGCCUGCACACAAAAGAAGCAUUUCACCAUCCUUGGAGAGCAAGUUCAUGGUCUCAUCAUAAAGCUUGGAUUUGAAACAAUAGUUCAACUCCAGACAUGCCUUCUGAAAAUGUACUCCGAAUGGGGAAAACUGCAUGACGUACACAAGUUGUUUGAAGAAAUACCUAGUAAGAAUAGUCUUUGCUGGACAUCUAUGAUUUCUGCUUAUGUUGAAAACCAGAGACCCAGAAAAGCCUUGCAACUGUUCAGACAGAUGCAGGUGAACAAUGUGGAGCCUGAUCAAGUUACAGUCACUAUUGCUCUCUCUGCCUGUGCUGAUAUCGGGUCCCUUGGAAUUGGUGAAUAGAUCCAUUCCUUUCUUCUAAGGAAAGAAGGUCUAAAUGGAGAUUCGACCCUGAAUAAUGCUCUCAUUAAUAUGUAUGCUAAAUGUGGGGACAUCAUGGCUGCAAGGAGAUUGUUUGAUGGAACUAGGAGCAGAGAUGUUACAACUUGGACAUCCAUGAUUGUGGGGCAUGCCCUGCAUGGGCAAGCAGAAGAAGCUCUUGAGCUUUUCUCAAAAAUGAACACGAGGAGAAAUGAUAAAACACAGAAUACUAGAACUUGUCUCAUAGUCCCAAAUGAUGUAACCUUCUUAGGAGUUUUAAUGGCUUGCAGCCAUGCAAGGUUGGUUGAGGAAGGGAAGCACCAGUUUAAAAGUAUGACUAAAGGUUAUGGCAUAGCACCUAGAGAGACUCAUUUUGGUUGCAUGGGAUGCAGAGCUGGAUAUCUGGGAGAUGCCUAUGACUUCAUGAUGGAGAUGCCAGUGUGGCCAAAUGUGGUGAUGUGGCGAACCUUGCUUGGGGCAUGCAGCCUCCAUAGAAACAUUGAGCUAGGUGCAGAAGUCAGGGAGAAGCUACUGAAGUUGGACCCUGACUAUGUGGGUGACUCUGUUGCUAUGUCUAAUAUUCAUGCGGAUAAAGGCAUGUGGAAUAAGAAAAUGCUUGUGAGAAAUAAGAUAAAAAAGUCAAAAUCUCCUGGUUGCAGCUUGAUAGAGGUGGAAAGCAAGGUGAAUGAAUUUGUGACAGCAGAUGAUUGUCAUCCUUUGAAAACAGAGAUAUAUGGUGUUCUUGAGCGUUUGAUCAGAACCAUAAAAGCUUAUGGUUACAUGUCAAGGCCUUCAAACCCUUGAAGAGUUGUUUAAAUGUCCAAGAAAAUUAUGGGGGCUCUUUUGAGAUGUUUUGCAAUUGUCUUGGCCUUACUCAUCAUUCCCAGCACUCAACAAGACACAUCAUCUUGAUGUGCAUCACCACGACCAUUUUGAUGGAGCUGGGCUGGGUGGGCUUAUCCAGACGAUGAUUUGUGGGUACAAUGAAGAGGGUCAAUAGGAAUCCACAUGAAGAGGCAGAAAAACUCUCAAAUUAGGUUAGCCGCGUAAAUGUUUUGAGGGAUUCAGACGAGAUUUGUUUGAUGCUCUUCUCUGUACUGUUUUCAUUGUCAGUGGUUCUCCCAGACUGCCCUUCAGUUGGUGUUGCUGAGGCAUCUACUUCUGCUGUAUGCCAAGCUAAACGAAGUGAAGGUUUUUGGUUACUCUUGUUUUAGUUAAUUGUGAAAGUUGCAUUACAGCUUCUCCUUUGGGUCAGAGCUUGAAAUGGUUCAGUGUUUUGAUCAGUACAAACUUUUCAGCUCUAACUCUCUGGUUCAUUCCCUGACCUUAAGUUCUAUAUCUUCUUUUGCCUCCUACAUUCUAGAUUUUUUUAAGCUUAUUGGUCUUGUUGCUUCCUUAUAUAACUGGUAUGCUGAUACUGGUGAAGAAUUAAUGAUAAAAUUAGCUCUUUUAGUUGUCUACCAGUGAACUGUAUUCUUUGAUUGAGCUAUUUCACCAUUUAGCCUAAUUCAAGGAAUAGAAACCAAAGAACAAAGAAUGAAGUUGAAUGAGACAUUUUUUCUAUUUUGCUUUUGCGAAAACUUAUGCUGUUUUGCAUGUUUGAAGAGUCUGGGCUACCACUUUUCACUUCUUUUUGCUCUUCCCAAGUGCAUAUACAUGUUUAGAUUAUUUUGAUGCUCUACUUAUUAACAUGAGUAGAAGUAUUUGUAUUUCCUUUUAAAGUCACGUUCUUCAUUGUAUGGAAAAGGAAUAUCUACUUACUUCAGUCAACUGAGGAAUGAAAUUUGCCAGAAAAUAUAACUGAUAGUAAUAAAUGCCUACAUGAAUGGCUGUUUAACUUUGAUCAACUGUUUAAGAAGUGGAAUGUAGAUUCUUGUUUUAAAGUUUUCUGCUUAAAAUUUGCCUAGCUGCUAGGCUGCUGCCUUAUUUCCGCUAUUGUCAUUUUUCUGAACACUAAUCUGUCCUUUCUCUGGUUUUGUGAUAUUUUAUUUAUUAACAUUGGUAAUGCGCAUUCUUAUUUAUUAACAUUGGCAAUGCACAUAAGGGUGUUUGAUUUCAAUCUUUCAAUGAUUGAAAGGUUGAAAGCUGAAGAAGUUUGACCAUUUUAGUAAAUCAAAGCACCUCUUCUAGUUUAUUUUUAUCAAAUGUUGAAGUUUUCAUCCUUUCUUCCCCUUGUUUUUUUUUUUAAGAGAAAACUCGAAAGAAAAACGAACAAAGACAAAAGUCUAGGUAGGAUAGUUCUAUUGGAUAGGGAGGUAUUGCGGCAGAUUAAAAUUUUAAAUUUUUUAUUUUAAUGUGGACUGAAUAAAAUCAUUUAAGUCAAGGUAGAAAGAAGAGUUAUCUUUUUCUUUUUGGGAAAAUGACAAUCAAGUCCCAAAAUAUCACUUUUAUACUAGUUAAGUCUCAACUAAUUUUAAAAGGCCAAUCAAGUCCCAUGCUGUUUUUUCCCAAUCAGAAUUACAAAGGAAAUGACGAAAAUGCUCCUAUGAGUAAAUAUAACAUGUACACUCAUCAGCUCUAACAUUUGCCUCCCGAUUUGUCUCUUUUCUGCCAUUAAUGAGAGGUGUAUGUAAGUGGUGGAGCUGUAUAUUGAAAAAUACCCAUUCCUGAAAUAGAGUUAUGCUUGGAAGAGGUGAGUUGCCUUAAUUAUUAACUCAAGGAAGCUUAAGGAGUUGUGCUAAUGCAUGUAGACAGGUAUUUUUUUUUUUGGCAAAUCCUUGCAUCUGAAUAAAAAAAGGUUGACUCCAUGAAGGUCUGAUUUCUUGAAAAAUAGUUUUCGUAAAGAAAAAGAUGGAACGGUUUUCUGCAAUUGAACAUGAAAGAUUUAUUCUUAUUUCACGUUUCUAAAUAUUUGGCAUGAAGAUUCGACAUUUUGCAACUGAAAGUGUAAGAAAUUACUAUCGAGUGUUCAUAUUUUAAGAUAGAAUACUGUCACUGUUUAACUGAUGCAAAAAUCACUUAUGUGAAAAGUAACUUAUUUCUAAGUGAUAUAUUAUUACAUUUUAUUUUAUUUCUUGUAGGUUGAUAUUAUUGGGUACGAUGGAAAGUAGUAAUUUAAAGAAAAUUUUGUUAUUUUCAUUUUGGUGGAGAUAUUGUAAAAGAUAUGCAUGAGACAAUGCAUUAUGAUGGGGGGAGUUGUAAUGGAAGAAUGAUUAGAGAAGGAAUGUCUCUUGAAGGACUUGUUAGAUUGAUUUCAUCAUGCUUGAAUUGUGAUUUAAAUGGAAUAGAGUUGAAGUACACAGUGAAGUUUGAUUGCAAUGCUCUUUUAGACUUUAAAGAUGAUGAAGGGAUAAAUCAAUUAAUGAAAUUGAAUGAUAAUUUUGCUCAUGUGUACAUCAUUGGGAAGACACAGCAAAGUACAAAGGCAACAAGAGAUUCAAUUGAUGGAUAAGUUUUUUUUAAUAGUUGCAUAAUUAAUAUUAUGCUAAUAUGAAUAUGUAUUAGUACUAAACAUGAUUUGAAUGAAAAUGCAGAGCAGGAUGUUCAGCUGAGAAUUUACAUGCUACACAAGAUCUUGAAGUUCUAUCAUAUGUAAUAUAAAGUAUCCUAACACCAAUGCCUGAACUAAAUGCAACAAAGUGAAAGGAUUUGCUAGUGGGACUUGGGCAGAUUUUUGCGAGUGUUGAUGAUUGUAGACAAGCAAUUUACAAGUAUAGUAUUGUACUAUACAUGUUAUCUUCGUAGUUCAUAAGAGAAAAUAUACAAUGGCACUAUGUAUCAUGUUGAGACCCAUGAGAUGUUAAAGCCAAAUGCAUUGACAAUAUCUAAGCUCAUAAGCCAAACUUUUUUCUCACCUCUUAGAACAUCUCGAUCAGCUGGCAGACCUUGUCAUGUGAGGAUUGAGUCUCAAUAUCAACAGAAGAAGGUUUAUCAUUGUUUUCAUUGUUAUAAAGCAGGUCGUACACGAAAGAGGUGUAGAAAUCUAAAACCAAGUUAAUGUUAUUGUAAAUGGGUUACCGCAUGAAUUUGGAUUUGGGUGAUAUACAUAUAUGGGUAGUUUUAGAUCAAAUUAGAUUUGGUUAACAUAUAUAGGUUUUUUUACAUAUAUAUUGGUAGUAUUGAGAGAUUUUUUUGGUACA